AUGUCGUCGUCCUUUACAACAACAACAAAGGAAAAAGAAGAAGAAGAAGAAGAAGAAAAGAAAGAAUUCAUCGAUGCGUUAUUCUCCUCCGCGCGAUACGGAGACGUGGAAGAUAUCAAAACUAUUCUUAAUCAUGGUAUUGUCUCGAAUUUUGGAAGAAAAGUUGACGACGACGAGGAAAAGAAUACUCAAGUAAAUAAUUUCGUAAACUUUCAAGACGAGAACGGCAGAACGGCCUUGUUUUAUGCCUGCGCGAACGGACACACAGACGCAGUAGAAGUCCUCGUGAACGAAUUUAACGCAAAUAUAAUGAAAACGACGAACACGGACGAGUCCACGUGCUUACACUGGGCGUGCUUGAACGGACACCAAGAGGUUGUGAAAUUUCUCUUGCAAAAAGGAGGGAAAACGCUGGCGUUCAAAGUGAACAAGAACGGACGAACGCCGAUGGACGAAGCCAUGCACAACGAUCGACAGGAGUGCGUGAAAGUAAUCAUGGACUUAACGUGCGACGACGACGACGAAAAUGACGGUGGAGAAGAGGACAUUUUAAUAGAAGAAGAAGAGGAAGAUGGAAAAGGAGAAGACCAGGACGACGGGAACGACGACGCGAUGAUGAUGGAAUGA